UAGAUUUUUGCCAAACUUUGUCUCCUAUUCUAUCGCCAUGAGAUCAAGGCCGAAGAACCGAUCAAUAACCCGAACCACGAGCAGGCCGAGAACCAGAUCCGGCCUCCAACGACGCCGUUUCGGAGGCCUCCGGAAGAGCUCGAGAACCGUCGACGCCGUCAAUGGCGGAUUCGCCUCCAUUCCCGAGAAACUGGAAGCUCUCAAAAGCAUCAUUCCCUCCCGAAGAGCCGACAUGAAAGCCGAUCAGUUGUUCCAGGAAACCGCUGACUACAUCGUUCUUCUGAAGCUGCAGGUCUUCGUUUUGCAAGGACUCGUGGAUUCCUACGGCCCUGCUCAUAACCGAGGUGCUGUAUAGUGUGAUUGGAUCAUUUUAUUUUAUUUUAUUUUUCUUUUCCAAUGCAUUGUAUCGGAGCUUCUUCAAGUAGUCGGAGUCCUUAUUCAAAAAUUUUCUCUCGUUUUCUCGCCGUCCAAACGCCUUUCUGCUUUUCCCGAAACUGGCCGGUUUUCGGGCUCAAAGCAAACAAAAAUAAAGAAAUGGAUGAAGCUUAUGGUAGAAAGAACAAUUGGUAGAGCA